AUGGCUGAGUCAGAACCACAGGAAGGAAACUAUGAUAACAUGGUAAAAAUGGUGGAGGACCUGAACAGGGACUUAGAAAAACUUCUGGAGGAAAUGGAAAAACUAACAGUGCAGGCAACCUGGAUGGCUUACGACAUGGUAGUCCUUCGAACCAACCCAGACCUGGCCACCUCCACGAAGCGUUUGGAGGACGCCUUCCUGAGUUGCAAAGAAGAGGUGGAGAAGAAAUGGCAAGAUGUGCUGAGCGAAUCUAAAGGCGAAGGACAAAAAAAGGAAUAAAUUGAAUUCAGCCACGCUGAGGGGACUACAUCCCUUGGAAAACCACUCCAGUCUUUCUGUUUUCCAGCUGCGGGAGGCUUCACAGACACUGUGGAAAAUGGAUUUGCUUUCAUCUUACUAAGAACUACUUAUGUGUAUACAUCUGUGGAAGUAUUUUAAUGAGAUUAUGUACAUAUAUUUAUAUUAUUGAAGGUAAAAGGUAACAACGUGGCUAUUUUUAUUACGCUCAUCAGUCAUCCUUGUAGUGUGUGUACAUACACAGUGUCUUUCUUCCUGGAAUAUCGUACUCCCUUCAUCAUCAAUAUGUGUGGAAUUCUUUGACACCUGACCAAUCUGGGGAGGGGGAGUGGGGGAGAGAGGGAGGAAAUUGUCGCAGUGGUAUUGCACCAGCAUAUGCCUUUCAGGGAAAACUGAAGAAUUACUUCUUUUCUAACUGAAAAACAGGUGAAUUUCUAGGUUUGCAGCUACAUUGGGUUAGUUUGAUGUGGGAUUACCAACUAGGUGUUCAGUUAAAGAAUUUUAUUAUUCAGGUAGCUCAUCUGUAGUUGUUUCAUUUUGUUUCCUUGGAUUCUUAACCAUUUCUUUGGACUGUUUUUCCCAGAAAGAUUGCUUUUCUCAAACCCUCUGAAGGCAGCAUGUGUCAUUUAAGGAAAAAUCAGCUACCAUUAUAGACUGCAGUGUGUGUGGUGUAGUCUGUGGGGUUGCUGC